UGCUCACUGGGCGGAGACUUUUUCCUUCCACUUCCAACAGCGAUUGAGAAAAUAAUCUCCUCGAUUCGUUGACUUGAUCAUCUUUUGUGCUUGUUACAUUUGACUUCAUUAAUGUUCAUUGCUCAAAUUCUCGCGUUUUCUUUACUUGUCAACUUGUUUGGGGGGAAUUUUCAUUGAGUGAUGACGUCAUACAAAUCAUCAUCAUGAUGUAAUAUAUUACAUAAAAAGUGUAACAAGACGAUGUAAUUUCAUUACAAAAUGGAUGUAAUUUUAAUCCAUUACAUUAGUGGAAGAAAAUGUGUCAUGAAAUUACAAACCUGUUGGAAAUCUCCUUGAUUACAAUUUUAGUUAGGGUGAGCAAAAGCUCAGAUCAUUGGCUCCUUUUCAAGCCGCAUCUUGUGAUUGUCACUCUCUGGUCAUGUGCCAUUCUACCGCAGUCCCAAACAUGACCUAUUUUUCCAAAUACGACCUUGAAGCGCCCCCUUGUGGUGCAAUCUAUUAGUUUGUCUGAGAUUCAGAGGAGGUUUCUAUGCUUUGAAUUCACCUUUCCCAAGAAACGUCAAGGGUCCUCUUGAUGCCUUCAUUCCAAAUUAAGAAAAGUCAUCAAAAUGUCAUCGAAUAUAAUUAAUUAUAUUCCCUUGAGAAAGUCAUUGAAAUAGUUGCAUUACUGUUACAUUUCAAAAGGGUAACUUGUAAUAGUGACAAAAUUUCCAGUCAUCUUCCCAACACUGGACAUAAAGCAAUGAAACACACACAUCUCUAUUGUUGUGUGUUUGAUGUGUUCACUUAGGCUACGGUUGCCGUGUUGUGCUGUGCUGUGUAGCCAGCAUGACAACAGACACACAACGCGUGUGAAGCGGUUUGUCGGAGGACGAAAUGAUGGAGAAGCUUUCAGGACUUUCCUGGCGUGAAUUGCGUCCCACGUGGUUGAGCACACGUGCACAUUUGCAGCCAAAUGGCUGUAGGCCACAAAGAAACUUUUGGUCCGGCGCCGGCGUUGAGGAAAAGUCAACAAGUCUCCUGCUGACUCCAUCUUGAGGCUGCCAGCAUAUUUCCUGUUGUCCAAAACCCCAAAACCACCACAGACUCAAAGACUUAAAAUCUUAAUUGCACCUCAGGUGUGAACUUUUUCCUCACAAAAAGCAAACUUUUCAGCAGAAUGCUCCACAAGUUCAACAAUGCAGAAUCCCACUCACAUUUUAAGGACAAAUACGUGUGUUAAGUCCCUCUAAAGUGAAAAACAAUGUCUUAUCAAUUUGACACAUCACAGAGAAGUGGUUAACAAGCCAAAUUGAGAUAUUUGAAUGAAUAAAACAAAUCAAGUAUAAAAUGAGGGGUGGCACGGUGGCCAACUAGUGAGCACAUCUGCCUCACAGUUCUGACGACCGGGGUUCAAAUCCCGGCCCCGCCUGUGUGGAGUUUGCAUGUCCUGUCCGUGCCUGCGUGGAUUUUCUCUGGGUACUCCGGUUUCCUCCCUCAUCCCAAAAACAUGCAUGCGAGGUUGAUUGAAGGCUCUAAAUUGCUUGUAGGCAGAUAACUAGCAACCCUUUAUUGCUCUGUGACUGUUUUUUUUCUUUCCUCAAUGUCUUUCUGCCUCCAAAGCGUUCUCUGUCAAUGGACUUGUCUGUUGUCGUACUCGAGCGGCUCCGACUACCGGAGACAAAUUCCAUGUGUGCUUUUUGGAAAUACUUGGCAAAUAAAGAUGAUUCGGAUUCUGAUUCUGAUGUGGGUGCGAAUGAUUGUUUGUUUCUAUGUGCCCUGCGAUUGGCUGGCGACCGGUUCAGGGUGUACCCCGCCUCUCGCCCGAAGAUAGCUGAGAUAGGCUCCAGCGCGCCCGCGACCCUAGUGAGGAUAAGCGGGAUUCUUGUAAGCGCUGAAGUUGGACUUGCGGCUGAUGGUAGCCGAAGCCUCGUCCACGUAUUUGACAAUGGAGUGACAAAAUGGCGGUUGUAUUUCCUGCACACAAGAAAUCUCCCUGGCAACCAAAAUGCUCCAACCAUUAGUCAGCUUUUGUUGCCACGCCAGCGGAUUGGUGGCGAGUGGGCUCACAUGACCAGUGAUAUCAGGUCACCUGAAACGCACCUGAAAUAGACACCUGCGUCCCGCCUCGCACGACCGCUGCGUGGAAAACCUUGUCAGUCCUCAGUGGGAUUCUUCCCAGCAUCGGGCGAGAUGGCCGUUCAGAUUCCGGACGACUCAGACUUCUCAUCAUUUAAGGAUCAGUGCCUCGGUACCCAAGGCUGGACCCGGCGCUACCACAAGGGAGGGGUCACCGUGUGGUGCUGCCCCGACGACGGCGUCAACACCAUCCAGAAGAUCAAGAUGAAAAUCGUGUGCAAGGACGUGAGUGGCGAGACGCUGUACGACGUCCUGCACGACACGAACUACCGCAAGAAGUGGGACAGCAACAUGAUCGACACAUACGACAUCGGCCGGCUAACGGUCAACGCUGACGUCGGCUAUUACUCCUGGAGGUGUCCCAGUCCACUGAAGAAUCGAGACUUUGUGACGUUGAGGUCAUGGCUUCCUCUUGGCAGCGACUUCCUGAUCAUCAACCACUCCGUCAAACACGCACAACAUCCUCCAAAGAAGGACUUUGUCCGCGCCGUCUCUCUGCUCACCGGGUACUUCAUCCAGUCCAGCGGAGCAGACAGCUCGUCUCUGUACUACCUCAGCCAGCUGGACCCGCGAGGUUCUUUACCAAAGUGGGUGGUGAACAGAGUCUCUCAGUUUGUGGCUCCCAAGGCAAUGAGGAGGAUCUACAAGGCAUCUCAGAAGUAUCCCGAAUGGAAGCGGAAGCACAAUCCCAACUUGAAGCCGUGGAUGUUUCCAGAGCAAAACACGCUGCCGUGCAUCCGUCUGUCCGAGCUGACGCUGCAGCGCGCCGACUCGUUGGAAAACAUAGACGAGAGCGGCCUGAGCGAGGACAAGGCCAAGCACAGUGACGACGACGAGACUUGAACACGUCCACUUUGGCAACUUUCUACUUUGCCUUCUUUUGUUUGACUGAGUGGAAAAGUAUCAAAGUCAUCCCGAUUAUGAUGAUCCAAAUGAAUAUCAUGAAUAUCAACCCAGAAUCAUUGUUUGUUCUGUCAUAAAGUCAAAAAAUGGGGGUUAACACUUCUACGGUUGUAUUGAUUUGUCAAAACUGCAAAAACUCCACAAGCACGUGUGCUAGUUGCUUAUGUAACCCUAACCCUAUUAUAUGACCUUGGGUAGCACCAUCACGUCUGCCUCGCAAUUCAGAGGUUUGGGGUUCGAAUCUCGGCUCUGGCCUUCCUGUGUGGAGUCUGCAUGUUCUCUUGUGGAUUCUCCUUCCAUAAUCGAAAAACAGGCUUCUUAUUUCGGUUAAUUGGAGCCUAAACCAGUGAUUCUCAAAGUGUGGUACGUAGAAUCCAUCUAGUGGUACAAUCACCAAAUUAAAUGUUCCAAUUGUGCAUAAUGCUACAGUGGCUUAAUUUUCCCCCCC